CUUUUUUCUUUUUUUUCGUGAACAAAAUUAUUAGAGAGACUACUCUUGCAUUUUCGAAAGAUCGAUUAAAAAAAAUUAUUGACCUCCCAACAAAUGUGCUUUUUAGAAUUCGAAUUUGUAUUCCCUUCUUUACCGGAUUGAAGCUAUGUACUCGACCAACACGAUCUCUUUUUGGUCUGCUCCGUCUGAUCUCUCACACUCACUGUAGGAGGCAUUAAUCCACUAAUCACACAAGCCAAACUUCCCCAUGUCUUCAUCUUCAUCUCCCUUCAACAAUGUCUCUGUUUCAUUCACUGCCUCCGUCUUUCUCCUCAUGUGCUUCCUGCUCAACAUUUCUUGCAAGUCUGAAGCUCAGCCAUCUCCCAUCAGAAACAUUUCCGCCUGCUAUACUCCCUCCAACAGCAGCCUUUACCAGGAGAACGUCAAAACGGUGCUCUACUCUCUGACCUCCAAAAACACCUCCGACUACCUCGCCGGGUUUGCCACUGCUGGGGCAAGGCAGGGCACACCAGACCAGGUCUUCGGGCUCUUCCUCUGCCGUGCAGAUCUAAGCUCAGCUUCGUGCCAAGCCUGCGUCGCCAAUGCAAGCAAAGGGAUCCUCCUGGGCUGUGUCGGGUAUAAAGAUUCCACCAUAUGGUACGACUUGUGCAUGUUGACUUACAACUACCAACCAAUCGUCUCCACCCUGAGGGUUAGCACAUAUGCCUACUGGUAUGAAUAUGACAUCUCGGAUGCCGAGGCCAUCAGCUUCAACAAGUUGCUGAAUGUGACGCUGGAGGUCCUGAUCCCAAAUGCCUCCGUCCAAUUGGCAGGUAAGAAAUUUGCGGUGAACAGGACCAGCCUCACGGAGUCGUGGCCCCUGUACACUCUUGCUCAGUGCACACCUGACUUGACGGCUCCCAACUGCAGCCAGUGCCUCCAAGCGGCAGCCGAGAAGCUUCCUCGGGGAAAGGGAGGGGCAAUGUCCCUUCUCCAAAGUUGUAACAUACGGUACGCGAACUACUCGUUUUAUAAUGAAACUGCUGUCGCGCAGCUGCCAUCGCCGCCACCAGCUCCUGCUCCCAGAUCCGCUGAAGCCAUCCCUAAUUCUCCGGCCUUGGCGCCAAGAUCUCAAGGUGAGCCGAAAAUAUCAACAGGUGUAAUUGUUGCCAUCAUAUUUGCUGCCAUUAGUGGGUGACUGCCAUGUUUUUCCUCAUAUACUCUGCUGUAACUUGCGGAAGAGAGCUGUGCCGAGACAUGAAGUGACACGAGACACGAGCAGUAAAAGUUUAUUAGGAAAUCUCGUUUUAUUGAUAUCUGAUUUCAUAGUUGUUAAAGAUAUCAAAACUGCUGAAUCUAUGCCAUUUGAUUUUACUGCAAUACAAGCAGCCAUUACUAUUUGUGUUCCGAAUAAAUGAUAAAGCUAAAGUUGAAAAA